AUGGCGGCCGUGGCGGAUCUAGCUGCAUCCUUGAACUCGCUGGGACCACACGCAUCUCAGCAGCAGGUGUCGAGGAUCCUGUCGAACUCCUUGCAGCACACAGAUUGGGUCUCCAGCCCUAGGUUGGCGACCGCUGUGUUGCAUUCGCUGCAGAAGGUGCCGCAGGUAGCCUUGGAGAUCUUGAAGUGCAUGUCUGCUUCUACAGUGGAGGUCAACAGAUACCACCUCGGAGCAGCAGUAUCGGUCUGCGAGAAGGCUUCGGAGUGGCAUCUCGCCUUACACCUAUUCGACCGCAUGGCCGAGAGUUUACAUGAUCGGAUCAUCUGGAAUUCUGCGAUAAGCUCCUGCUCCAAGCGAGGGCUUUGGCAGCGGAGCUUACGCUUGUUGACCCUUUCGGGACUCCAAGCGGAUGUGGUGAGCUAUGGUUCAGGCAUCCCCGGAGCCUCGACUUUUGCAUCAUCGACACAUGCGCACGGAGGACAGCUUUGGCACUUGGCGUUGACCCUGGUGGCUGCCAUGGCAGGUAAGGGAAUCCUGCCCAACGUCUUUGCAUGUAGCUCUAGCAUAAGCUCUAUGCGUGGCAUGUCCUGGAGCUGGGCUUUCCAGAUGAUGUCAAGGAUGCGCAAGUUGGACAUCCGUGGGAAUCCCACUGUAUAUGGAGCCUCCAUCCGUGCGGCCGAGGAGGCUGAGGGGUGGAGCAUUUCCUUGACAGCAUUGGCCUCGAUGUGGCAAGAGGUCGAAAGGAAUGUCAUCAGCGAAAAUGCCGCCAUUUCCAGCUGUAUGCGGUCUUCUCAUUGGACUGACUGCUUGGCCUGCCUGAAGGACAUGCAGACAUGUCACACACGCAGCCCGACUUCCGUGAGUUAUUCCACCGCGAUGGCAGCGGUUUCCAGCACGAGCUGGCGGGCACCACUGGGGCUUCUCACGCAUCUGCGAACACUGCGUACAGUGGAUGCUAUUGGCACCAGCACCGCGGUUCGUGCUUGCUGUGGACAUGCUGCAUGGGCAAUCGCAAUGGACAUCGUCAUGCACAGCAGCAGCAUAAACGAGGUCAGCUAUCACAUUAUUUUGGAGAGUUUUAGCGGAACUUGUAACUGGGAGCAAGCUAUUGAGCUACUUUGCUGCAUGCGCGCAGCACGGAUUCGGGUUUCGGCCGCUCCAUGUGCUGCCGCGAUGCGAGGAUGUGGCUUAGGAGGUCAAUGGCAGAUGGUACUUGGGCUUCUUGACGAACUGUUGUCUUUCAAGACACUGCUGGAUGAGACCACGCUCAGUUGUGCAAUGGACGCCAGUGCUCGAAGUGGAAACUGGGAGCUUGCCCUGCACCUCUUCUGUGAAGAAGGUUCAGGACGUGAACUCUGCGAUCCUGUCACUUACACGGCUGCCAUUGCGGCCUGCCUGCGUGGCAGCCAGUGGCAGCUAGCUUUGGAGUUGGUCAGUGACUUCGAGAACUUGAAGCUUGUGCCCGACACGAUUCUGUUCAAUGCGGGGAUCUCGGCUGCCCAGACUGGCACUCAGUGGGAAGCAGCUUUGAGUGAAUUGCAAAGGAUGCAGACCUUUGCUGUGCGGGCAGAUUCAGUUUCCCACAACACAGCCGUCAGCGGAUGUGAGCGUGUAAGCCUUUGGCAGAGAGCCUGCGAUGUCUUGAGGAAGAUUCAAAAGCGACUCUUGCGCUUCUCGGAAGUGGGACACAACGCGGUAACCAGCAGUCUGGAGAAGAGCACGAAGUGGCUGCACGUUUUGCUCUGCUUCGAAGAGCAGCUUCAUACCCAGGGGACCUCUUUGCCCUCACAGAUUGCCAUCGACACAACCGCGACUGCAAUCCAGAAGUCGAGUCACUGGCAUCUGGCGAUCGAGCAGAUCGCGAGGACUUUCCGCUUUCACCUUUCACCAGAUGCGCUCUCCUACAGUGCUGCCAUCAGCGCGUGCGAGAAGAGUUGUCGCUGGAAAGUGGUUCAGGAGCUUCUCACGGAGACCACGACCGUGGUUGGAAGAGUCGUACGGCAGCUAAGGUCGGAAGGGCGCAGCGAUGCUUGCGAUGCUCGGUGCCUGUCGGCCAUGGAACGGAGCGAAGUGUCCUGGAGGAUGGCCAAGCUCAGCCGGGCGGGCGAGAGUGAAAUGGCUUCCCUGCUAAUGCUUACGAAGCCCAAACCCGACAGCAGACUUACCGACAUUUCGAACUGGAUCUGGUCUGCGGCCUCUGUUGGCUUGGAUGGCACAGCUGUGGAGGAUGUUGUGGAGAUGGCGAGAUCCAAAAUUGAGAUUGGCUUGGCCUCGACUAUUUCACUGCGCAUGUUGGCCAACCUCGCUUGGGGCUUGGCCAGCCUGGAUGUGGAUGCUGCCCGAAUCUUCCUCGUCUUGCAAGGAGACUUGGAUCGAAGAGGACGUGUGCUGACACAAAACGCACCGAGAGAGGUGUUGGUGCAGUUUGUGUCCGUCGUGGCCGAGGUGCUCUGGGCUUGCCACCUGGCCGGCGCGCUGUCGCGCCUCACAGCCACUUCCUCUUUGGUCGAGGCUGUCUUGGAGGCGUGUGAGACCUUGGAUGCCGCCGCAGUGGUGCCGGCUGCGGCUGCUGCGGCCCUGGCAUGCACGGAGAUCGACAAUGAGGGCCAGCGGCCGAGACUUCUCACAGACCUGUCUGACCGGAUUGUGAUUUACAAACCGGCGGGCUGGCAGGUCGAUGAUCAGAGCACGAGCGAAGGGAGACCGCUUUCCGGGUUUCUUCGAAUUGCCAUUCCGAUCCAGCGGCAAGGGCUCCUAAAUGACUUGUAUCAUCAACGAGGUUUCCUGCAUCGCCUUGACGUUCCAAGUUCAGGCUUGAUACUUGCUGCAACCAGCUAUUCUGCGUACUACGAUCUUCGCUUGCAGCUCUCCAUGGGCAUGAUCUCACGUGAGUACACUGCACUUUGUCACGGGCUUCUCAAUAAUCGCCGAAUUACCGCGCCUGUUUUCUGGUUGCGUGGGCUGGCAAAUGCGAGUGCCGUUCGCCCAGAAGGGCGCCCUGCCCUGUCAAAUGUGCGACGAGUGGGCUCAGCCUUUAAACUUUGUCAAGGUUUUAGUCUCGUGCAGAUUGUGAUUUUCACCGGUCGCCGACACCAGAUUCGCCUGCACACAGCUUACGUCGGCCAUCCAACGGUCUCCGACAGCAAAUACGGAGCGCGCAUCACGUUUGAGGAGGACGUGGUCUGGUGCUCCCGAAAUUUUCUGCACCGACACCGAUUGUCUUUCAAGGAGGCAGUGCUCUGUGCAGAGCAAGAGCACUCCGUGGUGGAGCCCCUGCCACAGGAUCUGAAACUCUCGCUUAGAAGGACGAAGCCUGUGUCUGGAAGGACGGAGUGGCUGUGA